UCCGCUCCGUGACCACAAUGGAAGGUUCACGUAAUAAUCAGAUAGAAAGAUUUCUAAACCGCACUCAUCUGUGGCGUCUGGUAAAUGGAUAUCAUCGGAUUAGAUGGUGGAUUCUAUCCAGGAUCAGAAGAAUAAGAAACGACCUGGUUCACGAGCUUGGUGCAGAUUCUGACGAAGAUAUAGAUGAGAACGACGUCAGCUAUGAUAUUGAUAACGAUACCCUGCUGUGCAUAAAGGAUUAUCCAUCGGACUCGUCUCUAGAGGAGAAAGAAAAACCCAUUCGAGUCGAGUACCUGAGCGUCAAAAGUGAUUUAUUUCGCAUCAAUCUGCUGCGAGUGAUCAAAAGAAGGCUUCAGGUGCAAGGAUUUGAAAGGUUAGAAGCUUGCACGAAGGAAGGGCUCGGUGACGGCCUGCUGAAGUGUCUGAAGGAACAAAUGGGAAAAGAGCGGGACCUGGCCGCUGAUUGCCUGAGGCUGCUGGCCGUGGAGCUACGUGCCGAGGGUUCCAGCAUAUUUCGGGACAAGAUUUACCCUGAGCUGACCCCCCUGUUGACAGACGGCACCACCCACUACAAGACUCGCGCGGCCUGUGCCAUGACACUCGCCACCUGGUGCUACCUGUGUUCCAGUGACCUGCAGAAAUUCCAAGAGCUGAGAACAAAGCUCGAAGAUAUGUUCGUUCCUGUCUGUGGGCAGGGAGAUAACUCUCUAGUCAAGAGGGCACAAGGAGAUAACUCUCUAGUCACUAGUGCACAAGGAAACAACUCUCCAGUCAGUAGCGGGCAGGGAGACAACUCUCAGAACGUAAUAUUCCAACAGAAUUGGCUGAUGUGUCACGUCUUGAAGGCUUGGUGUCUUCUGUUGACCAGUUGCACACAAGAUGACAUCCAGGCCCACAUCAACAAGCACAUGGGUUCUCUGAAGGAGUUUUUGAAGAGUUCUGACGAAGAGCUGCGCAUCACAGCUGGUGAGACGAUUGUCCUGCUUUAUGAGAUGUCCAAAGGUGCUAAAGAGGAAUUUAGCGAGGAGGAGAAUGAAGCAAAGCUUUGUAAACAGUUGAAGCAGCUUGCUAGUGAGUCUGUCAGACAUCGGGCCAAGACCAGCAGACGACGCCAGAAGGCAAGCUUUAGGGACGUUUACAGAAAUGUCGUUGCAUUUAAGUUGGAGGUUGCUGCCCUCAGAGCCAAGACUAACGUGUGUGCCAUCACGGGCAGAGAGUGCCAGCAUCAUCUCAGCAAGUAGGAAGCCGAUGCUUGAGAUAGGUCUCUGGAUGCUAUAAUUAAUAUCGUCGUAUUCCAUCCGUAGCGUGUCAUCGAUUGGCCUACAUUGUUUGAACCUUUCAUCUAUUUUGUCGUCUUCACAAGUAUCAACAAUAAAACCAUAACGUCACACCAAAUUAACGAUUUAGCUCAGCAAAUGACUGAAUUUUCUUUUUACUUAAAUGUAUCAUUUUUCUCUAUGUCAUGCUUUCAAUUAGAUACGAAUUUAACAUUUAUUUUCGGAUUGUAAGAUAUGCUGUAAUUAGUUGAUUAUUCUCAGUACCAUCACUGCAUACAAUCAUUACAUCGUUGUACUGCAUUUAUUAGAAAUUAAAAGUUAAUGGAAAAAUAUCGUAAUGAAUUCUAUAAUUUAGCCUGCGGAAUGUUCUCUGGUCAAUAAACACA